UGUCGGUAACAUCCGGGACUCGGACAAGAAUGAACGCAAGUUUCCAAGAUGGCGGCGGAGGGAGGAGGGAAGGAGAUGAACGAAAUUAAAACUCAGUUCACCACUCGAGAAGGCGUCUACAAACUCCUCACUCACUCUGAAUACAGUCGCCCAAACAGGGUGCCUUUCAACUCGCAGGGCUCCAAUCCCGUCAAGGUCUCCUUCGUCAAUGUAAACGAUCAGUCCGGCAACGGCGACAGGAUCUGUUUCAAUGUGGGCCGGGAACUCUACUUUUAUAUCUACAAAGGCGUGAGAAAGGCUGCUGAUCUCAGUAAACCCAUAGACAAGAGGAUAUAUAAAGGAACGCAGCCUACAUGUCAUGAUUUCAACCCACUCACAGCUACAGCAGAGAGCGUCUCCCUCCUGGUGGGCUUUUCAGCAGGCCAGGUUCAGCUCAUAGACCCAAUAAAGAAGGAAACCAGCAAACUCUUCAAUGAAGAGAGACUAAUAGACAAGUCCAGAGUCACGUGUGUAAGAUGGGUUCCUGGUUCAGAGAGCCUAUUCCUGGUGGCUCACUCCAGUGGAAGCAUGUAUUUGUACAAUGUGGAAAACACCUGUGGGACCACUGCACCUCACUACCAGCUCCUGAAGCAGGGUGAAAACUAUGCUGUGCAUACCUGCAAGAGCAAGUCAGCUCGUAACCCGUUGCGCCGAUGGACAGUGGGUGAGGGGGCACUCAACGAGUUUGCCUUCUCUCCAGAUGGCAAGUUUCUCGCCUGCGCGAGCCAGGAUGGCUUCCUGCGUGUAUUUGGCUUUGACGCUGCCGAGCUCCACGGAACAAUGAAAAGCUACUUUGGUGGCUUACUCUGUGUGUGCUGGAGCCCGGAUGGACGGUAUAUUGUGGCGGGAGGGGAGGACGACCUGGUGACGGUGUGGUCAUUUUUAGACUGCAGAGUGAUCGCACGGGGGCAUGGUCACAAGUCGUGGGUGAGUGUGGUGGCAUUUGACCACUGCACCACAAGUGUGGAAGAUGGUGAUCUCCCUGCUGAGUUCAGUGGGAGUGAUGAGGAAUUCCAUGAGCAGAUUCACUUUGGAACAGGCAGAGACAGAGCGAACAGCAGUCAUUCUCGGCUUUCUAAGAGAAACUCUACAGACAGUAGACCUGUUAGUGUAACCUACAGAUUUGGCUCAGUGGGCCAGGACACUCAGCUCUGUCUGUGGGACCUUACAGAGGACAUUCUUUUCCCUCACCUUCCUUUGUCCCGCACAAGGACUCACACGAAUGUUAUGAGUGCUACAAGUCCUCCAGCCACUGGACAAACUACUGCUACUACUACUACUUCUACUACAACUACUGUAUCCACCACUACUACUAAUCCCAGUGGCUCCAAUGGUAAAGAUAAUGUGAGCAAUAGCAGCUCCAGUGGUAACCCAGCCAACUCCCUCCCCAGCACCCUGCCCCGGUCCAAUAGCUUGCCACACUCGUCUAACCCAACAGGGGGCAACACCCCCAACAGUCACACAGGCAGCAGCAACAGCAGCAGCAGUACCACCAACACCACCAACACCACCACCACCACCACCACUACUAAUACUACUACUACCACCACCACCACCACCACCAAGGGCAACAGUAUAAUUGACAGUGCUUUCAUUGCCACUGGAGUCAGCAAGUUUGCAACUUUGUCGUUGCACGAUUCGCGCAAGGAGCGCCACGAGAAGGACCACAAACGAAACCACAGCAUGGGCCACAUCAGCAGCAAGAGCAGUGACAAGCUCAACCAGCUUAGCUCAACACGGACGGCAAAAGCUGAUGCAGCUAAGACUCUGGGCACUACCCUGUGCCCGCGCAUGGAUGAAGUGCCACUGCUCGAGCCGCUGGUGUGCAAGAAGAUUGCUCAUGAGAGACUCACUGUGUUAAUCUUCCUUGAGGACUGUCUGGUAACAGCCUGUCAGGAGGGUUUCGUUUGCACUUGGGCUAGGCCUGGGAAAGUGGGAUUGCUAUCAACUCAAAACAACCCAGCCAACUCCCCCAGUGGAACAGUAGUAUAGCCCCAGUGCUGGUGCUGCUAAUGACAGCUCCAUGCAUCAGAGACGGGGAUGACCAUGGCCAAGGCCCUGCAGCGCUUCUUCAUACACUGUCACACACCACAUGAACUCCAGUGUCACCUUCAUUCUCAUCACUACAGCCACCCUAAUGCUCUCUUUUGUGUACCUGUUUCAAUAUCCAAUGUUGGCCAAGCCAGGGUUAGAAACCUGAAGCCCCCCAUCCCCCCCCCGUCCGUCCGUCCGUCCGUCCCCUUUUGUGGGGUGAUAAGGGUGCUAUGGGAAGUUGCAGGGCAAGCGUGAAAUUAUCCAGGAGGUUUAUGAAAGUGGUUUACUGGUCCACCGUCACAUUCACGGUCAUAUUAAGUCGGUUGUUUUAAAAAUAACAAAGUCUCAUACACAACCCUUUGUGUUUAUAGUUCUUCAAAGAUUAGAGAUGAUGUAAGUGUUGUGAUGCUUUAACCUAACCUUUUGCAUGGGUUUAAUUUGGUCAUAGUUUUUAAUAAUUUGACCCACCCCCCAUAUAUUCACAGAUAAAGGGAUUAAGACGGGAGAUAUUCAGCAUAUCCUCAGCUCCAUGUCCCCUUUCAUUUUUUUUUUUUUUACCUUCUGGGUGAUCUCUUGCACUGCCACAUUCCUCAAAACACCUGCUCAAGAGAGAAUGGAACUUUUUUGCUUCCUUUACUAGUAUUUCAGUCAGAGGUGUCACACUUUAAACUGUAUUUUGCACAGAUAUUCUUUUGUUCUGUUUCUCUUGUUUUCCCUAUAUUGAAUUCAUGACAGUGAAACACGAGUGAAAUAAUUUGAAGACAGUUUUGGAAGCACUUGGGGGGAAACGGUGUGUUAUUGCCUCCUGUCUCUACGCUGGAUGCUGCAGUUAUAGUUUUUUACAUGGAGAAAAAUUUGUUUGCACUUAAUAGUUUGUUACAGGAGAAUGGCUUUACAUUUUUGGAGUAUGUAUGGACUCCCUGAAAGGUUGAAAUAUAGAGUUAAAAAAAAAAAACCUUUGUAUCUAUUAAACAUUUAUUUUAAUAUUGUUUCAGAUUAAAUGGGCUCUGUAUUAUAUGUAAAUAUUGUACUUCAAUGAUUUAUGGGUGAAAUGAUUAUUACAUUAGUUGAAAGAUCCUCAUUUCAGAAAAUAGUGAUAUUUCUAAUACAGAAAAUCUAUACCUAAUAUUAAAAUGAAUCUUGAAUAUGCAGGUGAAAAUGUUUUCUGUUGUACAUAAAGAGAAUUCAGGUGUAUUUUUAUUAAUGAAAAGUUUGGUAUAAGAGAUCAAGAAAUCCUCUUAUCUCACAGGUAGUGCUGAAUGCUAGCUAGCCUGUUGCUGCAGAUUCCUUGUACAACAUAGGCAGGUAGGCGCAGACGUAGCGUUCUGAUUUAGCCAUCACUCCGAGCUCAGGUAAACCACAGAAAGACUAACGCUGGCAUAGAUUCUCCCCCCCACCCCCGCCCCCGCCCGUUAGCAUUGGUCCCAUCCAUCAACACGAGUGUGAAUUCACUUUAACAAAUACGACUGACAACCACGUUCUGCAGACAGGGCUGAAACCUGCGACUCCUGUUGCGAGUAAUAAUUACUGAACUGAUGCUGAACUUGUGAACAAACAUUUGACACUGUGUUGAAUACCAUCUGACUGAUGUCAGCACUUGAUGGUGGUGUGAGUGUUUCAAGUGAGGGUGGAUGUCUCAAGCACCCACCGAGCAAGAUUGAGGAUUUUAAAAUAGUAGGAGUCUUUUUCUCCAUGUGACGCUUAUUAAAACGGCUUUGACAGAC